AUGUUUUCCGUAUUUAACUCACCAUGCGUUUUCGAGCAAUUGCCAACUUUCAGCCAGUCCGCUCACAAUUUUGAAUACAACUCUCCAAUGAACUAUCAACCAGAAUGUAAAAGAAGAAGGGCCGUAAGAGCAAAUAAAGGAGCACCAGAAAGAAGAAGUAAAGCUCAAUCGCCAAUUUUAAAGUAUACACUUUCGGAAACGCCAAACGGAUAUAAUCUAAGCUUGUAUAAGCAUAUUUCAUAUUCACUUUUUUCAAAGUACGCUAAUGAGAAACUGGGUGAAUUAAAGGAGAGUCGCUACAGACCAACUUACCACGUCGUUGAAGAUUUUUUUGGAAACCAAUACUAUGUUGAGGAUGAAUUUGAUGAAAAUGCCUUACUAAGAUCCGCAUUAGAAGAUCUAGACUUCAAAGCUAUCGGAAAGAAAAUUGCCAAAGACCUAUUUCAAGAUUACGAAAUAGAAUUGAAUCAUAGAGGUGAUGAAUUGAGCAUAUUGAGUAAGAAGGAUAACAUAUCCAAAGAUUUCUGUUUGGAUGAAGUUUUUGAGGAUGUUUUUGUUAUUGGCUGUGGCGUCGAAAAUAUAGAUGAUGACUCCAGUGACAAAUAUGCUCUUUUAAAGAUUGGUUUGGUUAAGCAUGAAAGAAAAAAUGUAUUAUUGAACUCUCAGCAACCAAAGAUGGUGCAAAAUGAAGUACCCCAAGAACAGCCUCAAGAAGAAGUUGAACCAUUCUAUCCCUCUCCCCAAAAAGAGGACGAGGAAAAGGAAGAAAUGGUAGAAACAUCACCAACCAAAGAUGAACAAAUAAAAAGAUGGAUCGAAGAAGAAAGGCUGAUGCAAGAAGAGAGUAGGCAAGCAAAAAGGGAAAAAUUAGCAAAGGAGAAUCAAGAAAGGCAAAAAAAAGAAAAACAAGCUAAACUAAAAGCCAAGAAGGAAUCUUUAAUGAAAAAGCAAAAAGCUAGGAGAGCGGAGCAAAAAAAAGAACAGGAAUCCAACAAACCAAAAACUUCGAAGAACGAAGUAAGGCACAACAUUAGCAAUGUUGAUGUCACUGGAAGCGACAAUGAAAGUAUAAACAGUGGAUCUGAAAUAAAUUCAGAUUCCUCAAUAACAAGCAACGUUUUAAAAAAACAUAUUUCACCUGUAUUAGAAGACGUUGAAGAUGAAGAGGUUGAUAGGUACAAUGAGCUGUUAACUAGAUCGCCCAGGGGCAAUUCUAUUAUCGAAGACAUAUGA